AUCCGCAAUCCGUAUACUUCUUCCAAUCUAUCCUCAUCUUCCCGGGCGUUGGAUAGUCCGAACCCGACCCGUUUUUGAGAAUCGGGUUUCAGAUGCAGAUUUGAAAAGCGCAAAAAGUCAGUGAAGAAAGAAGCUUUUGCAACAAUGGCGGAUCCGAAGAAGGAGGGUUUUCGGACCUACGCUUAUCUUCUUCUCUACAUUGCACUCUCUAGUGGCCAAAUCUUCUUCAACAAGUGGGUUUUGUCCUCUAAGGAGAUUAACUUCCCUUAUCCUUUGGGGUUGACUCUACUUCAUAUGGUCUUCUCCUCUGUUGUGUGUUUUGUAUUAACCAAAAUUCUAAAGGUUAUGAAGGUUGAGGAGGGAAUGACUCCUGAAAUAUAUGCUACUUCAGUAGUGCCAAUUGGGGCCAUGUUUGCAAUGACUCUUUGGCUGGGAAAUACUGCCUACCUGUAUAUUUCUGUUGCAUUUGCACAAAUGCUGAAGGCAAUCAUGCCUGUAGCCGUUUUUGUGCUUGGAGUAGCUGCAGGACUUGAGGUAAUGAGCUGCAGAAUGCUUUUAAUCAUGUCGCUGAUUAGUUUUGGUGUUCUAGUUGCUUCUUAUGGAGAGAUAAAUAUAAACUGGAUUGGAGUAGUUUACCAAAUGGGAGGUGUCGUUGGUGAAGCUCUAAGACUUAUCUUCAUGGAGAUUUUUGUUAAGAGGAAAGGUCUUAAGUUGAGCCCUGUGUCGGUGAUGUAUUAUGUUAGUCCCUGCAGUGCACUUUGUUUAUUCCUUCCAUGGAUAUUUCUAGAGAAACCAAGGAUGGAAGAACAUGGACUAUGGAACUUCCCACCUGUUUUGCUUAUCCUCAACUGUCUUUGUACUUUUGCUCUGAACUUAUCAGUUUUCCUUGUGAUUUCACAUACAAGUGCUUUAACCAUUCGUGUUGCUGGAGUUGUCAAGGAUUGGGUGGUUGUCUUACUGUCAGCUGUUCUGUUUGCUGAUACAAAGUUAACCAUCAUCAAUUUGUUUGGUUAUGGAAUUGCCAUUGCAGGGGUAGCAGCAUAUAAUAAUUACAAGUUGAAAAAAGAAGCUUCUCGAGACACCACAGAUGCUUCUGAGCAUGACGAAUCUUCCGAAAGGCAACAGUCUCAGCCUUUAACAAGUAGAUAGUAGCAGUCUUUGAGUUACUCAAGUCGUCUUUGCUCCAUUCAGAAGUUGAUGAGAACAUAUAGUAGAUAACAACACAGUUCUCACAAUGUAGCGAGAGGACAUCAAAUGUUUAUGUAGUAGAUAGAAGUAUAAGCAAGGAUCAUGGAGUUUCUUCAAUCUUAUAAACAGUUUCAACUGAUUAUAGAUCGGGGAAAGUAAUGUGCUGAUCAAAUGUAGUAUGUGCAGAUGAAAUAUACAAACUUUAUCCACAUUCAAAUAGAGGUGCUUGGCCAUGGCAUUUAAUUUUUGAGGAAUAUGAAGUCAUUCACAAUGAUAAUUUGUUUGAAGCAAUUACCAGUUUCAUUCUUAGUGGAUUACUAUUUUUAGUUGAAUGAUCAGGAUUCAAAGCCCAGGCAUCCAGCAUUUAGUAUAAUUGGACCAUGGGUAGGUAGCCAGGGGUUUAUACUUUAUACUGUAUUUUGUUACACAGAUGAAACCUUGUAGAAUUAUUUUGUUUAUUUAAAAUGUAUUUUAAUAGUAUUCGGUAUUCUGAGACAUAUUGGUUCAGUGUAGGGAAUCUUUGCACAAGUGUAAUCUUUUCGAUCUGGCUGCUUUGAUUGUAUUUUUAUCUCGUUGGUUCUUACUAGUCCGUUAUAUAGU